CCUGAGGGUUUUGAUUCGACCAGCGCUGGGAGCACCAAGGGAGUCAUGCCUGUGGCUAAGAAAGCAGGAAGAAAAAACGGCAGUGCCGCAGCAGAAGAGAAGCUGCCGCCUUACGAGCCAAACAUCCCCGAACCCACCACCAGGGCAGACUUCAUGAAAUACUGGUUACCCGUGUCUUUGGAUGACAAAACUGCACAGAAGCUGCUGUGGAUCUCCGAGGGUGGGUCCAAGGUGGCCCGUACGUCAGAUGCCGUGUGCCCAUAUCCCAACAGGCCUGAGAGAUACGAGCACUCCCCGCAGGUCCUGUGUAAGGAGGGGCUGUUGGGGUCCCGCGGCUAUUGGGAGGUGGAGUAUGGGGGCUGGGUGGUGAUCGGGGCGGUCUACGAGAACUCGGGCAGGAAGGGCCAGGACGGUCCCUGUGGCCUCGGGGAGAACGACGGCUCCUGGGGCGCAGGCUGGGCCGGCACCAGCUACCACGUGUGGCACAACGGGGAGAACGUGGAGGUCCAGCUCCCCCUAACAUCGAUCAUGGGCGUCUACGUCGACCAGCCCGCCGGCAUCAUCAAGUUCCUGGCGGUGGAGGGAGAGGCUGAGAAGGAGGUGCGGCUGAUCCACAAGUUCAAAACCAGCUUCAAGGACAAGCUGAGGCCUGGGCUCUGGAUUGGUACAAACUCAUACUGCCUGCUCCGGAAGAAAGAUCAGUAA